AUGUCCAACGUCUGCUUGCAAUGUCGCUAUUACCCCAAAGACCCGACACAUACCUUUUGUUGCAAAGAUUGCGCUAGAAAGGCUGCCAACAAUGCCCCAAGCCUGAUUGAGAUUCCAAGUGACCAUGUCAUGUACCUCAACGCCGCUUCCGCCUUUUACGAGGGCUGGAACGGAACGCCACCACCUAUCCGGAUCAUCUACCUAGUCACCUGGACCCGAGAGUCUCGUAAUGAGUUUGAGGUGUACCGUGACCAAAUCGAGAGCCGUGGAAACUUUAUCGCCAUGGGCAAGUAUGCAGGCAACGAGCGGAAACGGUUCCGUGGUGCCGAGAGAGCUUGCACUAUUGGCGAGGAUGGCAACGCCACAAUGUGCUACAACGGUGAUUGUAAGCUUUGUGAGGCGCUUCGAGAAGGAUUCAGACCAUAUCUGGACCUCAAACGCCGUACUGGAUACCACGGCACCAGGCUAGGCCCUGGACUCUAUUCAACCUACGACACGUCCAAGGCUGCAAAAUACGCCAUCAACAAAGUUCCCUCCCAUGUCCAUGCGUUGAUGCUCUGCCGAGUCGUGCUAGGGAAUUCGUACGUUACAGAGCACGAGAUGCCUUAUCUCCAACAACCGCCACAUGGAUAUGACUCGGUUUACGCGAGGCCGGGGCCGUACAGUCAGUUCAACACGGAUGAACGUGUUGUUUAUACAUCACGAGCCAUGCGACCGGCGUAUUUGAUCAUCUACUAG